CCUGGGCCGUGAUCCACGAUCCGGUCCCGUAUUGACCGCAAAUUGUGGCGCGCAGCCCUCUGCUGGUUACCAUCAACAGCUACGUCAAUGCCCAAGGUCCCAAACCAUCCAUCCAUCCAUCCAUCCAUAUGGAAUGUGAGAAAUUCAAUGCCGUUUGCUCUCUUCCCUGUCGCUGUUUCCUAUGCAGGUGGUGCUGCACAACUCUCCGCAGAUGGACUCCCCUCAGUAGAAAGUAGCCAGCAUGGUGAGCAAACGCAUCCAUCAUCGACGCUGCCUUGAUGUUGCCUGAUGUUGUGUGCAGGAGCCUCCGAUCAAUGGCAAUCACUACCGCCUCGUUAGCCGGAGCGGCCGACAGCCCAACAAUGACGGACCGGUGCGUCAGAUCCCUCCCUCCGUCAGUCCCAUGCGUUGUGUGUGUCAGGCUCAGGAUCGCAUCGCGCGUGAGACCCUGCUGUCCAUCUACGGCUACAUACCCCCCUGGGCCGUCACCCGCGUCGCACCCAACAAGCGCGUCCUCUCGUCCACCCCGCCCCUCUACGACCACUUUGACAUCGACUGCUCCGACGAGACAACGCGUGGUGUGUGGGAGCGGCUGCCCAGCAGACUGGCGCGCAAGUGGGGUGCCAUGGCGAGGAACCUGAAGCAGGUGACGGUGCGAUACCCACACUGUCACCUGCGCGACGGUGACGAGGGUGACGAUUGGUGCCAGUGCACCUGGGUGAGUGUGAUCGAGGCGCAUGCGACUGCGCGCGAGGCCCACAACAAGAAGCACGACAAGGACAAGGAGGGCGGCGCCCAGGGACCGGCCGGGGAGCAGCAGGGAGGGUCCCUCCACACCAUCACCUUCGAGAAGGUCGAGCUGACCAACGAUGAGUUCCGUGCCCUCGACUGGCAGGAUCCUCGGUCCCUGAUUUUGCGCCGCCCUUUGAGGUCCGUCACCCUCUCUGGCCUCAAGAGCAUCCGUGGUCUCCGACAUGCGCACUGCACGCUGAUCGACGAGCGCGGCUGGGCCAUGCCAUCGCUAGAGCGUGCGGAGGGCCACGCGUGUGGGAGCUUCAUCCGCACAUCCGGCAGCCUGACGGACCUGGAGGUGCGGACGAGCCCCACAGGGCUGGCUAACUUCUUAGGGGUUGUGCCGGUGCCGGCUGAGGGGCAGCGCUCGAGGUUGGCGGGCCUCCGGACACUGGGAGUCAUUCGUAGAUAGCCACGGAUUCGAGUCCCCGUUCGUCGGGGCUUCAUGAGGGGGGCUUCGAUGAGGGGAAGUUGGUGCACGGCAUCGAUCGCUUGAAGGUAGGUACGGGGAAAUAAAUUACAGAAGGGAUCCAUGGAGGAAUGGACCCUGUGCUGUCCCUGUCGAUCUCGCUGUCAGGAUGUGCUGCACCGUCACAAGAUCCGCUCUCUAACGGAGAUCAAGGCUGCCGUGCCUGUCGUCCACCGCGCCGUCAACACUUCCAAGCUGCUCGCCUUCGUGCAGGCUCUCGAGGCGCUCGAGGCGUCCCUCACACCAGCCACCUCGACCAACACCACCACCACCAGCAUCAGCACGGCAUUCGCCAGGCCACUGCAAAUGGUGCUGGUCAACCGACUCACUGUCAAGACGAUGCGCAUCUCCCUCCCCCUGGAUCGGCAGUCCGCCUUCCCAUCCCCACUCUUCGCGGCCGCGGUGAGACACAUUGCCAGGAGGGCCGAGUCGGUCAUCUGGGACGUCGACCGGGCACACGUGGCCGCCCUCACCACGCCCACCACAGCCGAGAAGGAGCUCAUGGCCGCCCUGCGAUUCGACAAGGCCACCACAGUGAAGUUGCGGGGUGGCGGUGGGACACUCGCAUCCACCGCCGCCCUGCAUGACCUCUCGCCCGACGCAUUUCCCGCCACGAAGCUGGUCAUCGACACUCGUGGGGGCUGUGUCACUGCUGCGAGCAUCUUGGCAUCCAAGAUGCCGUGUGUGCGUGAUGUGAGACUGGGGGUGAGUGCUGGGGAGGGGGGCUCGGGAGUGUUGGCUGAGGGGGAGGUGGUAAGCAUCUUGAGAUCGAUAGGUGGGAAGAGGCGGCUGGCUAGUCUGGUGGUUCGAGGUGUUGUGUUGGGGGAAGGGGGGCUGAUGUGGGGGGAAGGGGGGCAUGAAUUAGAGAUAGAGGACCUGGAAGUGCACAUAGACGGUGAGUGGGCACCUGUAACAUAGAUAGACAUGGACAAAGUGUUGUGUGCGGCUGUAUUGCAGGUUUCGCUCUCCCUCCCUGGGACAAAGUGUUGUGUGAGGCUGGACCGUGCAGUGAAGCCGCUGUCACGUCAUUCGUCUCCAGCGUGCCGUCUCUGCUCCAGCUGCGAGGCAUGCGCGUGCUCAGGAUCAUGGUCAGCGGCAGAGACCUGCAGGAGAACUCUGCCAGGGCCAUGUGGCUUGCGCUUCGAGGGCAUUUCCCCGAGGUGUACAGGAACGAGGUGGACGGCUUCAACGUCACAUGGAGCCAGAAGCCGCGCGUUCUUCACUUGACGUACGAUGACGGCUUCGGCUUCAGAUGGGGCGGGGACUGGGUGUACGAGACGACAGUGACUGCGAGACGCAUCGACACCUAGACCACAAGGUCGGUCAGACAACAAAGGCCAUGCCAGGCACCAUGGGAACAUGUGUGUCUGUGUGAUGAUCAGAUAGAUUGGUUGGCGGGCGGGGAGGCCGUCUCUUGUCAUGGAUGGCCUGUCUGCCUGCAUGUCUGCAUGAUGAAAUGAUGAAUGUUGCGACGUUAGAGUGACGCGCGGGAGACACCGAUGGAUGCAGACGUCCCCGUGUAGACGACCACAUUCACCAGGCAGAGAAACACAACGGGAGGAAG